CCCGACGUGCCCAGCGACGUCAGUAGUCACGCAGAACGUAACGUGCGACGUGCUGGCGGCGGUGGUUGCCUGUGUGGCUCCCCGGGGGAGUGCAGCGGCCUGACCGGUCGUCUUGGUAAUUUGCAGGAUAUUCAUUGUCCAGCAGAAGGUGUAUUCCCCAUGUGUCGUCUGGUGACUGGGCCCACCCUGCACACUGGACGUUACGCCAUGCCAUAGGAGUGCCCCCUCGCCCUGUAGUUGUUGACUUACUCACCUGCACCAUGAAAUUCCGAGACCAAGUGAGCACAUUAUCCGAGUGGUUCAAGGGCUGGAAUGAGUGUGAGCAGACGGUGGCUCUCCUCUCUCUCCUGAAGAGGAUUACUAGGACCCAGGCACGUUUCCUGCAGCUGUGCCUGGAGCACUCCCUGUCAGACUGUUCUGAGAUACACCUCCUCGAGACAGAAGCCAACAGUGCUGGUCUCAUAAGUCAAUGGCACCAGGAGUCAAAGGAGAAGGUGAUCUCUCUGCUGCUGUCUCACCUGCCUCUGCUGCAGCCUCGGAACACAGAAGCAAAAUGCGAAUACAUGAAGCUGCUCCAGAAAGUGCUGGCUUACACCACAGAGAGCAACCUGUACAUAGAGGAGAGCCGGCAGCUCCUGUCCUAUGCACUCAUCCAUCCAGCCACAACGCUGGAUGAUCGCAACUCGCUCGCAUUGUGGCUCAAUCAUCUGGAGGAGCGGCUUUCCACAGGCUACAGCCGGCAUGGCAGAACGGACGCGUCUUCCUCACACAUGCGGCAGGGGUCUGACGAGUGGCAGGCCCCAGGGGAAUCUAGCAUGGGAGAAUCGGGGCACAGUUGGCAAGAAAAACCACUCAGAGAAAAUGGACUAAUGCCCUUUCAUUCAUCCAGUUCGGUGCCCUCUGCUAUCCAGAGUGUGGGCAGCAGUACAGUGCUCUCCUGCCAAAUGCACCCCAGCCCCCUGAAACGCUCCAUGUCCUUGAUUCCCACUUCCCAGCAGACGUCCAGUGACUGGAUGGGGGUAGAUGAGGUUGCUGGGCGCCCUAUCUUCCUCACCCCAGACCACGCUCCCCUCUCUCCGCAGAGCAGCGUGGCAUCGUCGGGCAGCGAGCAGACGGAGGACCUAGGCUCCGGCCGCAACACAUUUCAUGAGGAUGGGAGCGGAAUGAAAGAUGUGCCCACCUGGCUGAAGAGCUUACGUCUGCACAAAUACGCGUCACUGUUCUCUCAGAUGAGCUAUGAGGAAAUGAUGACCCUGACAGAGCAGCACCUUGAGUCACAGAACGUCACCAAGGGGGCUCGGCAUAAAAUUGCUUUAAGCAUCCAGAAGUUGCGUGAAAGACAGAGCGUGCUCCGCUCACUGGAGAAGGAUAUUCUGGAGGGAGGAAAUGUGCGCAAUGCUUUGCAGGAGCUUCAGCAGAUCGUUAUUACACCCAUCAAAUACUAUCGCCCCAAUCAGACAGAGCCCGUAAGUGGGGAGCAGCCUUCCCAACAUAGGGCCAUUCCAGACUCUGCCAACAAAAACUCUGAUGAGAAUGAGCCACCUACAGGUCUAACUGCUGAUGGGUUCCAGCAACAAAGUACCCCAAGUUGUGACUUGGAAACCUCUGUGCCACCCAUAGCAGACGGGGACAUCCCAGGACAACUAACGAGGGUGCUGGGCAAAGUUUGUACACAGCUGCUGGUCUCCCGGCCAGAUGAGGAGAAUAUAACUUGUUAUCUCCAGCUCCUGGAGAAGUGCCUGACACAUGAGGCGUUUACAGAGACUCAGAAGAAAAGAAUACUCUCCUGGAAGCAGCAGGUCUUGAAACUGCUCCGAACAUUUCCCCGCAAGGCAUUACUGGAAAUGCAGGGGUACAGGCAACAGAAGGGGUGCAGCUGGGCAUUUGCUUCAAACUCCCUCCCCAUACCUGGAUCUGUAGGGGCAUCCUUGGUGCGAAGGGGCCAGCGGCCAUUUCAGAUGCCACCCAGGGCUGUUCCACCUUCACGGAUUGGUGUCAUGAGUCCAGGAUCAAUUGGGGGUCUCUCUCCCCGACAUGCACUUACCAGCCCAAGCGCUGGUAGCCAGGGUCGACAAAAUCUUUGGUUUGCCAAUCCCGGUGGAAGUAACAGUAUGCCAUGCCAGAGUCACAGUUCCGUACAACGCACCCACUCACUCCCCGUACACACUUCUCCGCAGAGCAUCCUCAAGUUUCCUCCUGAUUGCCAGGUCCCAGGGGCAGAUCUGGAGAUUAAUCCGCGUCUGGAGUCUUUGUGCCUGAGCAUGACGGAGCAUGCGCUGGAGGAGGGCACAGACAAGACGUCGACCAUCUGACCAUGUUCUCAUUAUACCCUUAUCCACGAGGGACUGCAAAUUCUACCCCUUCCCAUGACCUCGGCCAGGGAAGUGACAAAGCUUUCCCUCCAUACCCCCUGGCCGUCACUACAUCAUCCACCCACCCACCCACCGCGUUCCAAUACUCAUUUCAGCUAUCAUAACUUUUUAACUUUGGUUUAAUAUCCAAAUACACAAUGCACCUCUAUGCGUUCAUAUUGAGGAAGGAGCUUUUCUGUCUAUACAUGAUUACCAAGUCAUGGUAACGUGAGGGGAGCUUAGUGAAGAGUCUCUCCUGGUGCACACACUUAUACCCACCUUGCACUUGGAAGGGUCACAGCGGCACAGAGCCUGGUGGUGGGGAGCAGUAUAUGGAGCAUGCUCUGCCAGGACAUGCAGAAGCUGGAUGGCCAAGGUUUUCUGAUCAGUUGUGGAGCCAGGAGCUCCAGAGAAGGAACCCUGUAAGACAAACACACUAAGCUAAGGAACACUAGCCGUUCCCACUACAAGGACUGGCACCUGUCAGACAGGACACUGCUCUGUGCAGUCAUUUGUCUACUGACGAUCAGAGGAGGGAGGGGCGUCACGGCGGAGACAUUCGCUAUCCGGGUAAGACGCCAGGGUCCAGUUAGGGAGAGCAGGUUUACCGGUCGGGCUAUUCAGAAAGGAAGCGAAUAGCAGAGACUGUCCUCCCUCCUUACCGUGUGGCACCACUAUGGUCAGUUCUGGAGACAAGGCUCAAACACGUAUGGUCAGACGGCAGAACGGCGGGUUCUGUAACGGGCACGGUUUCCCAUUCUGUCCACGCUAAUGCGAGAAGACUGGUGGUGGGGCGCUACCCUUUCCUCUUACCUACUUGGGCUCACAACCCACAUAGCUAUAUAUUUAUGUAUAAUCCUUGUUAUGAACUUGUACGAUCUAACCCACACCGCCUCCUCCCUCCUCUGUCAGCGGUGGACUUGGAGCUGCCCCGGUGCCACACGCUGCGCGUGGAGGCAAUAUGCGCGGGCAGCGCCUGCCAAGACUGCCUGUGGCCCACCUUCUCCAAAGUAUUUUCAGAAUAGCGCUAACUAUUUAUUUCUAACAUAGAAAACACUGCUCCUUUUCUGAUAGAAAACAAAAUUGUUAUUUUAGAUACAUUUUAUUAUGAAUAACUUUUUGUUAUGACUAUGGCUGGUAACCAUGAGUUCAAAAUUAUUAAAAGAAAAUCUAAAAAUAC